AGAGAGAGAGAGAGAGAGAAAGAGAGAACCACCUGUGCAGAGGCGCGCUCCGACGCCUCUUUGGCCGCGGCUGAUGACGUUAGCGCGGAUAACACAAGAGCGCGAUAAGAGCGACGGCCGACGCGCUCGAAAGUAAUUAAGCGCGAGCGGCGGGGAUAAAAAGAAGUGUCGCGCGAGCGCUGUUUAUGCGACGUGCGAGGCUGUUCUUCUCUCGCCGUGCGAGCGGGCGUCCUCCUCGUGAAUACGUUGAUCCACAUUGCGCUGGAAAGCCGCCGGCGCGCGGCGUGUUCAUUUGAAUAGAAUAGCCAUGAGAGUGCAAGUAACACCUUUCCCAGGGAAAGGUUUCGCUGCCGGCUGCUCGUUGGCACAACAAACAGACACACGCUUCUAAUAAGAAGAAAAGCCUGCCUCCGCCGCGCGCACGUGUGUGUGACCCGUAUUCUCCGUCGCAAGCGCUGGUCGGCGCGAUUUUUCGCGAGGUCGCGCGAGGUCUCUGCUCGAAAGUGCGGCGCGCGCGAGCGCGCGCGGAAGUCCGCAUUUAUUAUCGUUAAUUACGCAUUACGAGAGCGGCGGUUAAUGAGUCAACGCCGUUACGUCGGCCGGUAGCUUUAGCGUGACGCGUUGAUUAACAGGGUAACCAUCAGCGGGCCUUGCUCUCUUUCGCGUCUCGGUCCUCUCUUCUUCUUCUUCCGAGGAGCGACGAUUACUCGCGCUCGUUAUCCGGUACGGCGAUACCGCUGCGGACUUGAGACGCGACACUUGCGCGGCUAUGAAAAAGCGUAUUAACCUAUCGACGAACGCGGACGCGAUAUGGCGCGAUCCGGUCGAGUCACCGUUACACAACGAUGACACGGCUCUAAGUGUCCGAACUGCUUCAAGUCGGACGUGACGUUGCGCUCGCCACUCGGACAGGCGAGUCAUCGGCCGACGACGACGACGACGACGACGACAACAGUACGUGGAAAGUUUUUCCGUCUUUCCGUCGUCGGAUUUACCCAACGGGGACACUCCGCGCUUUCCAUUCCAUCGUUCGCGUGGUUAUCGCGCGGCUCGCUGGGGCAAUCGUGAUCGAGGAUCAGCUUUUGCGGAAUAUCCGGCAGCGGUGCGCUCGUCCUCGGCGGGACGAGACCAUCUGUCGGAAGAUCUCGGCAAAUUAAUAAUCGCGCCGCGCCGUCUUCGUCGCGACUCGCGGUCGCGGAGAGAGGCUGCGGAGGAACGCGCUUCAAGGCGGUACACCCGGAAGCACUUCGUCCUGCCGCGAGGAUUCGCCUGCGAACGUGUGUCGUCGCGCAAGAGUGCCCGAGAGACCAGCCGGAAAUUCGGAAUCCCCGCUUCUCCCCGGAGCACCCGGCGCGAGUCAGACGUGACACUCGCGCGCGCGAUGCCUCCGCCAUGAAGAGCAGCACCCUGAAGACCCAGGUACGAAUCCACACGAUGCUGCCUCGCGUUGAGGACCUGGAGCACAGCGUGCAGUGGACCAGUCUGGCGGACGACAUCGAGCGGCUGGAGAAGCUCCGUCGUCGCGACUGGUCGCACCGUUUCCGCAAGUCGGACUCGCUGCUCGAAGGACACGCCGCUCCUCAGCGGGCCAACGUGGCCGAGAGGAGCGAGCAGAGAGCGAGCGAUGUCGUCAAGCGCGAGGAUAACCGUGACGACCAUGCGCGGAGAAACUUGACGGAGGUCUCUCGCUGGAGCUGGAAGCCGCGGACGGACUUUGAGAGGGAGUACUUCUACAAGGACUACAAGGACUAUUAUCGCGGCGAGCCGGCCUUCUGCGAGCCCUCGAGAGCCAGCCCUUGCCGCGAGCGGGAUUGUUACUUAUCGAGGGAUCGCGGCCACCAGGUUGCGCGCCGACAAGCGUCUGAGAGCCCCGCGGGCCGGUCAUCGGGACGCUACUCCAACGGGCUCGAGAAGGAGCACUUCAGCGACAGCCGGGAGAGGCUGCACGAGAUCUUCGAGCACAAUCGAUACCUCCGACGGCAAUUCUUCGCCAACACCACGGCGACGACGACGGCGGCGGGGAACUCGCGGGGCCCCCAGGAGCCUGCUAAGCGGUACAACGGCUUCGGCAGUACCGAAACGCUGACCAGCCAGAGCAAUCAAUCGUCUGUGAGCAGUAUAAACGACCGAAAGUCUCGCUGGGGCCAGACGAGCCGCAGUCCGGAGGAGGAGGAGGAGGAGGAAGACGAGAACGCAUUAACCGCGCUCGCGGUGAGGAACAACUUGCCGGCUCGCGCUAAGCUCGACGUCAACGACAACGACUGCCGGUCGAUCGAUCGCGGCAGCCGCGACGGCGGUAAUGAGAAGGAGAACGGCAAGGUGUUGCUCGUCAACAUCUUAGCCGGAAGCGAGGUGAGGAGCGUCGACGUGAGGAGCGCGGCCGUCAGGCUCGACGAGCAGCAUAAUGAUGAACGGAGCGACGGCGGGGAAGCUCGAUUUCGGCAGCCGACGAGCGACGAGAGAGCGCUCGAUGACUCGCGUCGACGUCGGCACGACGUCGCCGCAACGAGCGCGGCUAAUUGCGUCGAGUGGCGUCGUGAGAGGAGUCUGCCGGAGUACAUUUUCGGAGAGUCCACGAGGACCGACUUGAAGGCUCGACGCGGCCCUGGAAACGACGCCUACGGCAGACGCGGACGAGCGACGAGCGGCGACGAGUGGAGCCGUGCGAACGACUGGCCGAUGUUGAGCGAGACGUCUUGGAGACGACGAGACGGGCUCGCGAGCCCACCCAAUGAGACUCGCUCCGGGACCAUCCACGAGGACAAACGAUUGGACUCCGUCUCGGCGGACGUCGGCGAGACGAAUGCGUCGGUCGACGACGAGACCUGCUGGGACUUCAGCAGGUCUUUGCCGAACUUGACUAUCUCAAAGCGGAGUCUCGACACUCCGCUCUACGUCGCUCGUGCAGUCAACCUUCCCGAGGAGAUCGUCGAGUCACCGGAGCUGUCGUCGGGUCACCGGUCCAAUGCUCGUGUCGCACGACCGAAGCUCGACCUGGAUGGCCGAUUUGGGCGGAGGGAGAGGUCGGGACGGCGCGAGAGAGAGGAGGAGACCGAAGGUUGGACACGCUCUAUCAGCCGCGGACAAUCGAUAGCCGCGACGACGGACGAGCCGGUCUCUCCCAAACGCUUGACCCCGCGGAGGGUCAAGGCGCUGAAGGUGCCUCCUCCUCCUUUGGACCUGAGCACGGUGAACGAGCAGUGCGAAAGGAUGGAGGAGAGCGAGAGGAAGUGUCUGAACGACUACAGCGUCGACGUGGCGAUCCUGCGCAGCCACGAGGACCUUGUGAGAGAUCUGUUGAUCAGCGGCAACGUCCACGAGCAAGUCCUCGCGGAAGUCCUCGCUGGGACGAGCAACAGCUCGUCGAGGAUCGUGAACGGAGCUGUACGAGCGGACGAGGCGAGUGAGAACAGCGACAGGAAGAAGCGGUCGUUCAGCAGACCGCUGUACAAAUCUUGCGGCGAUCUCUCGUUGGCUGACGAGCUUCAGUCGCCGCAGCUCGUCAACAAUUGCAAGAGCUCCACGUGCGAUCUACGAACGGUAGAUCCUGCCGUCAGGAGGAUACCUGGACGUCCGAUUGACCCUGAUGCCUCCCGCCAUGACCGAGCCGCCAGCCCUUUGUUCGAUCAGACGGGUCCGAUUGGCGGGCUUCAUGCCGGAAGCGCGCUUCCGUCGGUCUACGGACCGAUUCCGUACAGUCAGUAA